GGUGCCUGUGCAGGUCGUUGCUCGUAUCUCGUCUCUGUCGGAAGAAGUUGCGAUCCGAAGCGGCAAUUACUCCGUGUUUUAUACUCAAACUCACGCUUCUUUGCGAAGCCGUUGUCCUCUCAGAUCAACCAUCCUCCAUCCUCCGUCGCCGGUUUGGAACAUCAAUGAUCCCACGCUGCCGCAGGUGUAAAAUCGGCGAAUACACAAUCGUCGAAAAUGGCUAGGAAAAUCGCCAAGAUGUGGAUACGAAGUGAGUUGCUGCUGGGAAUGCCGAAGGCGAGGUCCCGCCGAUCCUACAGCUCGGAUUCGAAGGCGGUGGAAUUGAAAGCGCUGAAACCAUUCAUCAUGAAGAAGGUUCAGAAUUGGGCAAAGGAUUACCGUUUCUAUGAGACUGCCCCUGUGGCUCAGGAAGUCCUCAAGUCCCGAGCUUUACUCUACCGCGGUGUCUCCACCCUCCUCCACCAUUUGCCUGUCUGGGCGUGCAAAUACUGUCCAGAAGUGUACAUUGGAGAGAGAGGUCAUUUAAUCCGAACUUGUGGUGGUUACAGGCAUCUUGCAAAGAUUGAGGCUCAUAAGUGGAUCAAAGCGCGGUUGAAUGACAUUCUGGUUCCUGUAGAAGCAGUUCACUAUGCCCAAGAAAGAUCAGAUCAUGACCAUAUCCCAGCAGUAGUAGAACUCUGCUUACGAGCAGGAGCUACCCUCCCUAGUGAAUAUCUAAACAGUACAGAACCAGGAAACAGGUUUGAAACUGCAGAUCCACUGGACAAAGAAAUGGAGUCUGUAGCAAAAGAAACACUAAGUGCUUAUGAAUCAGUCAGGAAUGGCGUGGAGAAGCUGAUUCUGGUUUUCCCAGCAAAGGUAUGCAAACUCUGUUCGGAGGUUCACGUGGUGCCCUUAGGUGGAGUCAAUGAGAGUCAACAUGAGGCUCAUGUCUGGCAGAAGGCAGGAGUGGACGAUUUUGUCCCUCCAAAGAUAGUAUGGUUUCGGAGACCUCAAGAUCCACGGGUACUUGUGGAUGAAGGUCGGGAUUAUUAUGGGCAUGCUCCGGCCGUUAUAGAUAUGUGUGUCAAGGCAGGCGCUGCUGCACCUUACAAGUAUAUUUCGAUGAUGAAGGACAAUGGGUUAUCAGCACCUCUCUAGCAUGGCGCUGCAUGUAUUUUCAUGCAAGUAUGGAACUAUUAAUUACUUGUAUUAAGCUCUAAAAAUGAAUAAAAUAUGUGUUCUUAAGUGUUAAUGCACGUUAUGUUGUGUGGUUGCUGAAAACCUCUGAAGCUUCAUACAUAGAAUCGUGUAAUAAUGUACCCAUGCAUAAAAAAGUAUGAAGCUUUUUAGGGAGAAGUCAACUAUGCUUCCAUUAAGAGAGGAGAUAGGAGUAGGAUAAAUGAAUUUUGAUUGGAGGUAGUUCAGACUAUUAAAGAUACCUAUUGGGAAUAUAACAUUCUGCGCGUUAAGUAUAUAUAGAUCAUACUUCAUAUAGAACGUUGUAGCCUGUAGGAAGAUAAAUGAGUUUGGCCCAGGUUUAUUUGUUGUGUCUUUGAGUAAUCUGCAAUAACUUUAAUAUUUUCAACUCUUUUUCAUAUAAAAUAUGUUUAAAAAUACAAAUUACUAGCAAUUUUUCAUAUCAUAUUCGUAAUCAUUUUUUAGGUUUAUAUAAUACUCUUACAUAACAAGUCACUUAAACUUUUAUUUUUUUAGAGGGACUCAGUUUUUUGUCAUGAAAGUUUUUUUUAGAGUGAUUCAGUUUUUUGUCAUGUGCUGGUCAUUAUUCUCGGUUCCCUGAAGAACAGAUAGAGCUUAGGGAAACUAUUCAACUUGGAUUCGCCUAAAACACAAUUAAGUCAGACCAUUAAGGAAGUUUACUAAAUUUCAUGUUUAUGGACUUCUCCAGCUUUUUUAUCUACUAUUUCUAAUCUUUUUCUGUAAAUUCACUGCAAUGCAUUUUUACUUUUAAGUCCUGUGAAGCUCUCUCAUGAUCUCAUCUCACCAUGCUUCAAAAGCUCAAAGCUCCUUGACUCCUUCAAAGUCCUAUUUCAAUAUGGUUGACUGAUGCAGUGUGACUCAAUAUUAUUAUUACAUGAAAAUUUCUGUUGGGUUACAAUAACUAUAUUCAAAUACGGUGAAUUGUUUAUAUACUUGGUCGUUUAUAACAUUACCAGUCAUUCCUUUUUAAAUUGUUUUAAAAAAAUUGUCAAUUUCCUUUUUAAUCAAUUAAAUUAAUUUGCGGUUCCGGUUACAAUUCCAAUCAUCCGGUUUUUACUUUAUAAUUCUCCAUAUGAGUCAAACUUGGCAAAGUUAUAAAGGACAAAGAAAUAUAC